GUGUGUCUUAACCUCGUCAAGCACGGUUUAAACGCAUGUAAAACGAUCAAAGCGAAUCAGUUGCGCUGGCAGUGCCGAAUGUAUAAGUUGAAAUCAUUGUAUUGCAUAAUUCUUCGUUAUAUACGUACGUACGUACCUUGCACAUGGCUCUCACAUUUCUGAACGCGUACACGCGCAUAUAGAACGACCAUGGACGAGUUAGUUUGCAAGUGUGAGAGUGGAGAGCGAAUCCACUGGCGUGCACGUGACUGAUUCUCAAGUGUACGUUUGUGUCCGUACAGUAUAGUCAAUGUACAACUAGUGGUACCGGCCGGUCGUCUAGUAAGCUAGUUGGCUGUCCAAUUAUUUGAACGUCAUGCGCGUGGCCGACCAAGUCGCUCCUAAUGCUUAGCGAUCGGUUGUCCGCUACCGGCAUUCGGCUUGCAAAGAUUGUCAACGAUCUCGGUCAAACCGUUUCGUUCGCGUUAUUUUCAGUGACAUCAGUCUGUUGCACGUAUCGACAAAGUGCACAAUGUUGAACUUAUUCGAACCACUUUUUGACAUUCCGACGGCUUACUACGGGGCGCUGCUGGGCGUUGGAUUCUGCGUCUACUACUUAUUCGAAGUUGUUAAAACGCCUAUGCUGGUAUGUGCGAACGGGCCAUUCCGAUCGUUUUUAGAAGAGCACGUGCCACUAGUGAGGAACAAAUUUUGGCCAACGCUAUGGUGUUUCGAAUCUAGAGCACAGACCAUUAUAGCAAGUAUUCUUAGAUCUCGAAUCUUGCCACCUAUUCACUAUCGAAGAGAGAUUCUGACCUUGUCCGAUGGCGGUGAAGUGGCUCUGGAUUGGGCGGAAAAGGGAUGUUCCACUACUUCGCCCAUUGUAAUUAUUUUGCCAGGACUUACCGGCGCAAGUCAAGCGGAAUACAUCAAGUGCCUUGUCUCAUCUGCGAAAAAAGUCGGAAUACGGUGUGUAAUAUUCAACAAUAGAGGGCUAGGAGGCGUGGAAUUAAAGACUCCACGAAUGUAUUGCGCUGCAAAUAGUGAUGAUUUAUCAGAGGUUAUCGAAUACGUAAAAAAAAUUUAUCCCCAUGUGCCUCUUGCAGCAACAGGAAUUUCGAUGGGAGGAUUAAUUUUAGGUAAUUAUUUAGCACAACAAGGAGUAAUGGCGAGAGGGAAAUUGAAAGGAGGAUUCUUAAUAUCCGUACCGUGGAACGUAUUUGCUGCAACGAAAAACACAGAAGAGAAUUAUUUCAAUUUAAUGUUAAAUAAAUAUUUAGCCAGUACGCUUCGCAAAAAUUUACAACGUUUGCACUAUUCCUCGGAAACUGGAAUGUUCGACGUUGAUAUUGACACUAUUCUUAAAAGUCAAACAUUGAGAGAGUUUGAUUCACAUUUUACGGUGAAACAAUUCGGUUACAAAGACGUGGAGGAAUAUUAUUCCAAUGCAACUAUACAUGACAAAUUACAUUUGAUUGACGUCCCAUUAUUGUGUCUCAGUGCUGCAGAUGAUCCGUUUCAACCGCUUCAAGCUAUACCAGUAAAAGAAAUAUCAGAAACUAAAAAUGUAGCUGUUGUUGUAACAUCCCGUGGCGGACACAUUGGUUUCAUGGAGGGUAUGUGGCCAGUGAAAGAAGAACAAUAUAUGGGUAAACUGUUUUCACAAUUUUUCGCGGCUCUGUUCACUACCGGUUUCGAUUGUCAAAUGUGACGAACUUAUAAAUUAAAUAUCAGACAUAUUCAUAAAUAUUAAUAUUGAAUACAUCAUGUUCAGGCAUUGCGUAAAAACUAUCACGUGCCAUAAUCAAUCAUAUUCAGGGUAUUGCACAUGUGAUGUAAAUAAUAUUAAUAAUUAUUGAAUUUCCAUUGCUUUUAUAUUGGAAAGAUUUUCAUUAAUCGACUUACAAAAUAUUAGUUAAUAAUAUAGAUAUAAUUUUUUAUGGGCACAUGGCAUAUAACGUGAACAAAUGAAAUUCACAUGUUCAUUUUUACUGAUAAUAUCGUAUUUAUUUUUAACAUUGUUAAGUAUUUAGUAUGAAAUUUUGUUAUUCAUAUCUAUAUUCAAAAUAAAUAAGAUUUUAGUUUUAUACGUUUGUUUCGUAUUUGUGCGAAUUUACUUCAAAUCUAAAACUAUUAAAUAAUAAACUAAUAGAAAAAAGUUCCUGAAAAAUUGAUGGUAUUUGAAAAGUACAAACGUGUGUACUCAGUCAUUAUACUAAUGCUAUUUUUGGGAAUCAAUAUAAAGAUUAAUAAAUUCAGUGAUUUGAAAGAAAA